CUGCGCAGAACAUGUCAAACACGCCAAAUACCCGCAUUGCACUACUCUAACCUCUGUCCUCGUCUCUGUUCUAUUCCGAAUCCAUGGCCGAAUUAGUGGGAACUAUCGUGGGCGUGGUGUCCCUGGGGCUGCAAGUAUGUUCCGGCAUCAACGUCUAUCUGAGCGGGAUCCAAGGUCGCAAAGAAGACAUCGCAUCCACCGUUCGACACUGCAAGACCACCGAGAUUCUGCUGAAGCAGACGGAAUCCAUCCGCGGAAGGCUCGCCUCGUUACCUAGUGCGAACACGACAGCACUUCAGGAGAACAUUUCAGCGGCAAACACCGAGCUGUCACUUCUGGGAGCGUACGUGAAGAAGAUCCACAUGGAAGCGUCGCCGGCAUCGUCCAAGUCUGUCGUGGCGAAGUUCAAAGAACAGGAGAAGAGGCUUCUCUACCCCUUCCGCAGGGAUCACCUGAACCUCCUUGACAGCCGACUGGAGAGGGCGAACGAGGCGCUGCAAGGUGCCCUGCAACUUGCCGGACUCGAGGUAUCAUUCGACAGCAACGACUCCCUCCGAGGGAUGGAGACGACUCUGGGCACACUAGCACAGGGAUUCUCCGAGACGAGCGUGGAGAUGCGAACUUCCAUCGUGGAGCUGAAGGAAACAACCCUGCUAUCACGACAGGACAACCAGGCCAUCUUGGAGGGCAUAGCUGAGCUAGCUGCUAUGAUGAACGCACUGUCUUCUUCCGGCGCGGGAGCGCUUUUGCCAAGAAUGGUGUCGAAGCCGGACACGCUGAAGAGAGUCUGCGACAAUGUGGAAGUCGUCGAGUCGUCAAUUUCAGUCGACCAAUCAUCCUACUCUGAGGCCAGGUCCAGCUUGGCCAUGAGAUCUUCAGACGAAGCUCUCAGCAUCUACCCCGAAUCGUCCUGCCGUUGCAACGCCCGCCGAGUUACACGACGCAGGAAACAGCAAUUCGGCCCAGCUUUCAUCCUGAAGAAGGACGUCGUUGAAAGGGCACAUCUGAUUGAUUGCCCAUUUGCAGCGUUCGAUGUCGACAAGACGAGCAACUGGUCCGCUGGAAUAUCAGUCAGACUCUUCCGGAAACUGGUGUCGACAGCUGUCACUUUGACAAUGUCAUCCACCUCGGGAGCAGGUGGUUUUGGAAUAUCGCCAGUCAUCAAAUACUACAACAUCCGCGACCAAAGUCCAGCGUUCAAAAUCAUUCGUUUGCUGACUGAUGCAUUCUAUUGGCAUAGAGGAAAUGAAGAGGAAUCUGCAGAACUGGCUCGACGAGGCAUCAAAGCCCUACAGGCGACGUUUGCGGCGAAAACAUCUUUGCCUUCAGAUGUCAACAGCGCAGGCGACAACUUGCUACACUAUGCCAGCUCAGACAUAGUACCACAUCCCAAAAAUCAUGAUACCGCUUUAAUAGAUUUUCUUGUGAAAGCUAAUGUGCCCCGAGACAGACCAGGGCAGUAUGGAAGGCUACCAAUUCAAGAGGCUUUCAACUCAGCCGCCUAUUGGAAAUGCGAUGAAUCAGUAGCUCAGAAGAUGUUUGGCCUUCUCUGCCCAGAUGAGUCGUUCACCGACUUUGAUUUACAACAACUUGAAACAUUGUCCUUCCCAGAUUUCCUGAGAAGAAAGAUACUUUACCAUAUAAAUCUCAGAAAUUCCUUGACGAUGACAAAAUUGUAUGAAGGUCACCCCCUUGAACCAGUUUUCAAGCAUGACAAGCAAUCUCUACUUGAAAACCUAGACAAAGAUCCUUCCUCCCCCGACUUUUCCACACGAGAUGGGUUCGGAGAAUCUGUACUGCAUCAUCUCGUGGGGUGGACUGAAGGCUUGCGCAUCAUUCUGAACCGUUUCGGAGAGUCAAUUCUCCAAAAGUACGAUAUCGACACAAUAGUCCUUGUUUCUGCUUUGUCAUGGAGCGGCCACAUCUGCACCAGCCUGAUAACUGUGGAAUGUCUCGAAACAUGCCCUUGCGCAGAUUCAGUCAAGCUUCUUCUCGAAGUCGAUAGCGACUGUGUCAGGAGAGCAGUCACGCAGUCACAUGAUUCUUGGCUACAUGCAUUUUCUAGAGCGUCUUGGCGGGCACGAGACCUCACAAUCGAUGCCUUAAAAGACCGACGACGAGAACUGAAGGAGCUUGCCGUUGCAUGGCUCAAGCCUCAUGACAUCGACCGACUAGCUCUUCGCGGACCGCAAGUCCUGGACUGCUUCACUGGCGAAGUGUUGAAAGCACUAGCGGUCGUUGGAGUCAAAGUGCCACCUCAACUCAUGACGGAGGUCAGUGUUAACAACUUCAGAAACAUAUUGCCAGGUUCAAUGUAUCAUUGCGUUGCCCUGUUGAUCAUUGACGAUGGCACCAUCCCAUUAGCAAACGCACUCUAUUCUAAAGGGUUCCGUGACAUUGAUUUCUUCAACGGCGAUGGUCUGACUCCCUUGUGUAUUGCAGCAAGCGCUGAUUUUGCGAUUUGGCUUGUUGAACAUGGCGCAAGUCUAGAAAAGCCAAUCCCGGGCGUUGUCGACAUUGGGAGCACUGCCGCGCAUUACGUCUUUUCGGGCUUCUGUCUCCGGGACGGGAUAGAUGGACAACCAAGUCAAAAAUUUGCGAAGCUAGUCAGAAGUUUGCCAUCUGACUCGGAUCUGGACGCGUGCAUUUGUGGUUGCUCGAGAGAUGGCUGCCAUCCGUACACCAUGUUGUGGAAAGAUUUUCCCACGCCGUGGCUCCAUGAUAUCACAAAAGAAAUAUACGAGAGAUGUGCUUUUAUAGAAGAUGGAUGGGAAAUCCCUCGCAGGAUCAAGUCUGUCUGUCUUCGGGCUUGCACUUUUGCCGCGCUUCGUGUCCAGCACACCUGCUGUAGACAUCGAGAGGUCUCGAUAAGGGGCAGAACGUUCCUCAUCGACGUUCUCACGAAGCCCGAAGAGAGUGAAGUUCAAGAGAUCCGCGAAGAGGAAGCUGUCAAACUUGCACGAUUGGAAGAUUUGAUCAUUGAGUUUGAAAUGCACCUUGACAAGGCGGACUGUUCUCUAGCAGAGUUCUUCCGGACGCAGUGGGCGACUAGGAUGGAUGAAGUGUUGGGCGAGAUUGAAGAUCAGGUCCUGACGGAACAGGAUAUCGCGGGGGCUAGGGAGCUUGGUGUAGUUCUGGAGAUCGAAGCCGAGGAGGGAUCAGAAACGGAUGAUGAGUCUCCAGUUGAGUAUUGGUGUCGGCGUCUAGACGCAUUGGUUGAAUGA